AAAUGCACCAUCAAUCACCCUGUUUCUAUUAAACACAAGUAUGACCAUGCAGGGGAUUUUGUCAUUGCUGGCAUUAUAUCUCAGAUCUAUACAUUUUCCAAUACAAUCACCUUUGAAAAAAAUCCUUCAUAUGAAGCAUUUGACAAUACCAUCAAUUUUCCUCCAAGGUGGACCUAUCUGGCCUCAAUGGAAGUUCUCUCUACACAGGGAAGAUUCAUCCCUAACUACAAGUGUGACAUCCAGAAUAAUCUGGUUGCAGUCAUUGGGGGCCCCAAUUCUGACAUCUGUCUUCACAUGGUAACCAUCCUGUUCAUUUACAAGAUUCCCCAGCUCACAUAUGGUUCUGACUCAGUGAUGAAUAAUGGCAACCAAGGUGUUUUCUUCCACCAGUUAUUCCCAAAUAGCAAUCAUCAGUAUAUGGGGAUCCUCAAGUUACUGUUGCAUUUCAACUGGAUUUGGAUUGGAAUCAUUUCUCGUGAAGAUGAUAAUGGAGAGAGUUUUGUUCAGAAUGUUCUUUCUGUGUAUUCCAAGAGUGGUAUCUGCUUAGAGUUCAUAGAAAGAUUAUCCAAGGAAACUGUUUCUACUGCUACCAGUGCAGUACUGACAGACUUUUUCCCAAUGUCUUAUCGCAUCAUGGGAAGCCAUGCCACUGCAGUGGUUGUAUAUGGAGAAAUUUACACCAUGAUCAUUUUGAGAACCUUGAUCCAGCUACCACAAUUUGACGAUAUACCAGUCAAAACAAAAGUCUGGAUUAUGACAGCCCAAAUGGAUUUCACAUCACUUCCUUUUCAAAAAGGUUGGAGCAUAGAUUUCAUCCAUGGUGCUUUAUCCUUUGCAAGUCAUUCAAAGGAGGUAUUAGGAUUCCAGAGAUUUAUUCAGAACAGAAACCAUACCUCAGAAAAAGAAGAUGGUUUUGUCAGGGAAUUCUGGGGACAUGCAUUUAAUUGUUUCUUUCCCAAUUCUAAGAUAGAAAUAGAGAAUGAAGAAAUAUGCACGGAGAAAGAAACAUUGGAAACUCUUCCUGCAUCUGUUUUUGAGAUGAGCAUGACCGGCCACAGCUACAACAUCUACAAUGCAGUCUAUGUUGUGGCACAUGCUUUGCAUGACAUGCAUUCAUCCAAAUACAAAGACAGAGUCAUGGUGGAUAGAGGACAAUGGCCACUUCUGCAUCAAAAGCCAUGGCAGCUCCAUCGCUAUUUGAGAUCUGCCUCUUUUAACAACAGUGCCAGAGAAAAGAUUUCCUUUGAUGAAGAAGGGAAAUUGGAAGAUGGAUUUGAUAUUAUCAACUGGGUCACAUUCCCAAAUCAGUCCUUUCUUAAAGUCAAGAUUGGGAAGGUAGACCCUCAGGCUCCCCCAGAACAAGUGUUCACCAUUGACGAAGAUGCCAUUGUGUGGCCCAGCACAUUCAAUCAGGCACAUCCCCUUUCUCUGUGUAAUGAAAAGUGUCGUUCAGGUUAUAGCAAGACCAAGAAGGAAGGGAAGCCAUCUUGCUGCUAUGACUGUCAUCCCUGUCCAGCUGGGAAGAUUUCAAAUCAGACAGAUAUGAAUGAGUGUUUCCAAUGCCCAGAAGACCAGUAUCCAAACAAUGUCCAGGAUUCAUGCAUUCUGAAAUAUAUAUAUUUUUUGUCAUAUGAAGAACCAUUGGGGAUCACUUUGGCUAGUCUUGCUCUUUUCUUGUGCUUCAUCACAGCUUUGGUACUUUGGAUCUUCAUUAAACACUGGGACACUCCCAUAGUCAAAGCCAACAAUCGGAGCCUCACCUACACUCUCCUCAUCUGCCUCUUGCUCUCCUUCCUUUGUGCUCUGCUGUUCAUAGGUGAACCUGGAAAAGUGACGUGUCUCCUUCGACAAAUAGUGUUUGGCAUCAUUUUCUCAGUGGCAGUUUCUUGUGUGUUGGCCAAAACAACAAUAGUGGUCCUAGCUUUCAUGGCCACCAAACCAGGGUCCACCAUGAGGAAAUGGGUAGGGGAAAGACUUGCAGCCCAUAUUGUACUUUCCUGUUUCCUUAUUCAAGCUGCUAUUUGCACUGUGUGGCUGACAACCUCUCCCCCAUUCCCAGAGUUUGACAUACAUGCCAUGACUGAAGGGAUUAUAUUGGAAUGCAAUCAAGGCUCAGCUAUUAUGUUCUACAGUGUUUUGGGGUUUAUGGGUUCCCUGGCCAUUGUGAGCUUCACUGUAGCUUUCUUAGCCAGGAAGUUGCCUGACAGUUUCAAUGAAGCCAAGUUCAUCACCUUCAGCAUGCUGGUCUUCUGCAGUGUGUGGUUGUCCUUUGUUCCAACCUACUUGAGUACCAAAGGCAGAGACACGGUGGCUGUGGAGAUCUUCUCCAUUCUAGGCUCCAGUGCUGGGUUACUGGGCUGCAUCUUCUUUCCCAAAUGCUAUGUUAUUUUGGUGAGGCCAGAGUUGAACAACAGAGCCCAUAUAAUGAGAAGAAAGAAAUAG